GGUUUAUUUAUUCUUUCUCUCUCAUUUGCAGCCGCCAGCAUAACUUUCACCAUCUUUUACGAAGUCAGCCAGUCAGCUUGCCCGCUUAUCAUGAGGAAGCCUCAUAUCAACAUUGUGGUCAUUGGACACUAUGAUUCUGGGAAGUCAACAACUACAGGUCACUUGCUCUACCAGCUCGGUGAAGUAGACAAGUAUGUGAUUGAAAGGAAUGAGGAAGUGGCCGAUGAGAUGGAGAAAGAGGCGUCUUUAGAGACGGAUAGACUCAAGGGUAAGGCUUUAGAUACGGACAGACUCAAGGGUAAAUAUGCUUCAUUCAAAUAUGCUUGGGUGUUGGACAAGCUCAGGCAAGAGCGUAAACGUGGGAUCACUAUUGACACUUCUUUGUCGAAGUUUGAGACCCGUAGGUAUGUCUGCACUGUGAUUGAUGCUCCCGGGCAUCGUGACUAUAUCAAGAACAUGAUCACUGGAACCUCCCAGGCUGACUGUGCCAUUCUCAUCAUUGACGCGACCUUUCCCGCUUUUGAGUAUGGAUUGACGGUUGGACUGACUCGUGAUCACAUAAUGCUUGCAUUUACACUUGGAGUCAAGCAAAUGAUUUGCUGCAUUAACAAGAUGGAUGCUACUGAGCCUGAAUACUCGGAAACUAGGUUCAAUUGGAUUGCCAGUAAAUUAAGUACCUUCUUUUGGAAAGCCGGAUACAACGCUAAUGAACUCUCAUUUGUCCCAAUUUCUGGUUUUAAGGGCGAGAACUUGACUGAGAGGUCAUCUAACCUUAAAUGGAACUCGGGUGCUACUCUAGUUGGAGCCAUUAACAUGAUCGAGAAUCCAAAAAGACCAUUAUACAAGCCUCUCCGCCUUCCUAUUCAUGAUGUCUAUAAGAUUGGUGAGAUUGGAACUGUGCUGGUGGGACGUGUUGAAACUGGUGUGAUCAAGCCGGGCAUGGAGGUCACUUUUGGCCCAAUUGGUUUAAGAGCUGAAGUCAAAUCUGUAUGGUUGCACAACAAAGCACUACACGAGGCAUUGCCAGGACAAUAUGUUAGUUGCAAUGUUCAGAAUGUUGACGUGAAGGAUCUUAAGCGUGGGUAUGUUGCUUCAAACUCUAAAGAUCACCCUGCAAAGGGUGCUGCUAGUUUUACAUCUCACGUCAUCAUCAUGAACCACCCGCAUCAUAUUAAAGAAGGGUAUACACCAUUGCUAUGUUGCCAUACUUCUUGCAUUGCCGUCAAGUUUCAGAAACUGUUGACUAAGAUUGAUCGGAGUACUUUGGAGGUGCUUGAGGUUGAACCCGAGUUUUUGAAAAAUGGUGACGCUGGAAUGGUGCAGAUGGUUCCAAUAAAGCCGAUGGUGGUUGAGAACUUUUCUGAGUAUCCUCCAUUGGGUCGGUUUAUUGUGAGGGACUUGGGGCGGACUGUUGCUGUGGGUGUGAUCAAGAGCGUGGAUAAGAGUUGAUAACUGGAUGAAUGGUGGUUUGUUUUGUGAAUAACUUGAAACUUAGGUAUAACGAGUUUUAACUAUUUUGUUCUUAAAUUUAGUACUUGGUCGGUUUUGUGGAUUAUUUUUACUAUUUUGUUCUGAUAUCCACUAGCUUCGUAACCUACAAACUAAUGUUAAGGAUUCUUUUGUUA